UCAUGCUGCUGCCAGGUCCAGAGUGUCUCAUGGGUCCCUGUACGGCCUCCCAUUGCUGCUGUCUCCAUCGCCACACUCUGCCAUGUGUCACUUUCAGGUCUCCUCACACUGCUGGUGGGUUCCAUUUUGUCAUAGGGUGCUGCCAGAUUACGGGCCUCCCAUUGCUGCUGCCAGGCCCGUAAUCUGUCAUGGGCCCCUGUACCGCCUCCUCAUGCUGCUGCCAGGUCCAGAGUGUCUCAUGGGUCCCUGUACGGCCUCCCAUUGCUGCUGUCUCCAUCGCCACACUCUGCCAUGUGCCACUUUCAGGUCUCCUCACACUGCUGGUGGGUUCCAUUUUGUC